AAGGACCCUGAAGAAGGAAACCGAGCAGUCGCCCGGACGCCAGAGAGGGACCCAAUCUGAGUCCCCGGCUUUCCAGAGUCCGAACCGACUUUGCUCUGUGCUCAGUGCAGCCCGACAGUUUCUAGCUAAACUUCGCCAACUCCGUCGCCUUUGCCGCCACCAUGCCCAAGACGAUCAGUGUGCGUGUGACCACCAUGGAUGCAGAGCUGGAGUUUGCCAUCCAGCCCAAUACCACUGGCAAGCAAUUGUUUGACCAGGUGGUGAAAACUAUUGGCCUGAGGGAAGUUUGGUUCUUUGGUCUGCAAUACCAGGACACUAAGGGUUUUUCUACUUGGCUGAAACUCAAUAAAAAGGUGACUGCACAGGAUGUACGGAAGGAAAGUCCUCUGCUCUUCAAAUUCCGGGCCAAAUUCUACCCUGAGGAUGUAUCUGAGGAACUGAUCCAGGAUAUAACCCAGCGCCUGUUCUUUCUGCAAGUGAAGGAAGGCAUUCUCAAUGAUGACAUUUACUGCCCACCUGAAACUGCUGUACUGCUGGCCUCCUAUGCUGUCCAAUCCAAGUAUGGUGACUUCAAUAAGGAGGUGCACAAGUCUGGCUACCUAGCUGGAGAUAAGUUGCUGCCCCAGAGAGUCCUGGAGCAGCACAAACUUAACAAGGACCAGUGGGAAGAAAGGAUCCAGGUGUGGCAUGAGGAACAUCGGAGCAUGCUCAGGGAGGAUGCUGUCCUGGAAUAUCUCAAGAUUGCUCAAGACCUGGAGAUGUAUGGUGUGAACUAUUUCAGCAUCAAGAACAAGAAAGGCUCAGAGCUAUGGCUGGGUGUGGAUGCCCUUGGUCUCAAUAUCUAUGAGCAGAAUGACAGACUGACUCCAAAGAUUGGCUUCCCCUGGAGUGAAAUCAGGAACAUCUCUUUCAAUGAUAAGAAAUUUGUCAUUAAACCUAUUGACAAAAAAGCCCCGGACUUUGUGUUCUAUGCUCCCCGGCUACGGAUUAACAAGAGAAUUUUAGCCCUGUGCAUGGGGAACCAUGAGCUGUACAUGCGUCGCCGCAAGCCUGACACCAUCGAAGUGCAGCAGAUGAAGGCACAGGCCCGGGAAGAGAAACACCAGAAGCAGAUGGAACGUGCUCUGCUGGAAAAUGAAAAGAAGAAGCGUGAGCUGGCAGAAAAGGAGAAGGAGAAGAUUGAACGGGAGAAGGAAGAGCUGAUGGAGAGGCUGAGGCAGAUUGAGGAACAGACUAAGAAAGCUCAGCAAGAACUGGAAGAACAGACCCGCAGAGCCAUGGAACUUGAACAGGAACGGAAGCGUGCCCAGACUGAGGCUGAAAAGCUGGCCAAGGAGCGUCAAGAAGCUGAAGAGGCCAAGGAGGCCCUGCUGCAGGCCUCUCGGGACCAGAAGAAGACCCAGGAACAACUGGCUUCAGAAAUGGCAGAGUUGACAGCACGAAUUUCUCAACUGGAAAUGGCCCGAAAGAAGAAGGAGAGUGAGGCUGUGGAGUGGCAGCAGAAGGCACAGAUGGUACAGGAAGACUUGGAGAAGACCCGAGCCGAGCUGAAGACAGCCAUGAGUACUCCUCAUGUGGCAGAGCCUGCUGAGAAUGAACAGGAUGAGCAGGAUGAGAAUGGGGCAGAGGCCAGUGCUGAACUGCGGUCUGAUGCUAUGACCAAGGACCGCAGUGAGGAGGAACGUACCACUGAGGCAGAGAAAAAUGAGCGUGUGCAGAAGCAUCUGAAGGCCCUUACUUCAGAGCUGGCCAAUGCCCGUGAUGAGUCCAAGAAGACUGCCAAUGACAUGAUCCAUGCUGAGAACAUGCGACUGGGUCGAGACAAAUACAAGACUCUGCGCCAGAUCCGGCAGGGGAAUACCAAACAGCGCAUUGAUGAAUUUGAAUCCAUGUAGUUGGCACCAAGCCUCUAGGGAGCCCUCCUCCUUCUUCUUUGUCCCCAUACUCCAUACCUUUGCCUAACUAACACUGUGCUGGAGCCACUAACUAGAGCAGCCUAGGAGUCAUGCCAAGCAUUCAGUGUAGCCAUGGGACCAAAUUUAGCCCUUCAGCUCCCACUCAUAAUGGUGGGCAAAUAACCCACUGUGGUGCCAAUGGGACCCUCUUUCUGUUCUCUGUCCCAUUUAAUUUAGCUUUUUAGAAUAGACCACUUCCCUAGCUCAGAGGUUCUUUCUACUUGAUUUGGCAAGCACAUCCAUACUUAAUGAGAGUCAAGUACAAAGUUGAUUGAAAGCUACCUUCUCUCCCUUUCCCCACCUCUACCUUUCUCUUUCAAGUCCUGUGAUUUGCAAGCUUGUGGUCUCACAGGAUUUAGGGAAGGAAGCAGGGCCAUGGAUAUAUGCUCUAAUUUGUAAAGUGUCCUAGGAUUUGGCCUCCCAAUAUUCAUCCUGUUUAGAGUUAUUUAGGUUUUGCAAUGAUUGGAGUAUAAAGAGAUGUUCAAUCUUGUUUCUACCUCCCAGACUGAACCUGUUAUAAACUCAGUCCCCAAAAGCCUUGUCUCUGAGUUCAGGAACUCAAUUUCUCCAUGAGGACAGAUGGAGGAGAAAGUGCCUUGAAGAGACUUCACCUAAUAUCCUAAAAAAUCCAUUGGCCUUUCUAUUAGGCAAGAUUGGAUAAAAAGAUCCUGCCCCUAUGACUUCUGGGAGCAUUUUUCUCUCAAAUGACAUGUAUGGGCAGAGGUACCCUUUGUUAUUUCAGAUUCCUGGUUCCUUCUCUGAAUCUAGUCCUGCCCCCUCCAAUCUCCAAAUUUCUUCCAGCCAGAGCAGUAUGGAUGAGCCUAGCCAAACCUAGUCAGCUGUAUCCACAACUCUUGCCAAGAGAGAAAGUAGCCACACCUGGAUUUAAUGUCCCGCCAGGAGGUUUAAGCCACUGCCCCUAAAGCUAACUGGGCUAUUGCACCUGCUUCACAGCCAUCUGGGUCUUGGUGUGGCAAACAAGAAUAGCCCUUGCCUCUGGUCCCCUAGUUUACUGAAUCCACUCAGGUGCCCAACAGCCCCCUUCCCAUUAUUCUCAGUCCUGCCUCUGACAAACCUCUAACUCAGGUCUUGUCACCAUUUGUACUGUCCCUUGGAGCUAUAUACUAGAGAAAUGCUGGGAAUUCUGGCCAGGUCCCUUUCACAUAAUUACCCUUGCUCUCCACCCAGGAGCAGCUGCUCCUCUUUUCUGUCACAUGUUUGCUCAUUUUCUUUCUAUCAGUAUUAUAUAUUCUAGUGAUAUCUAACUCAAUAUUGAUUUCUGCCUUUUUUUGCUAAUGCACUAUUAGAGAUAUUAGUCUUGGGGCAGGAACAUUUUGGCCUCAUUUCUUUACCACCCCAACAUCUGGGAAGCAUAUACUUAUAUUAUAAAAGGAUAGAUUGCCAGAAACAUUAAUGUAAGAAGAUUUCAGUAUUAGUGAUGCUAUCUGUCACUAUAGGUCAUACAAUCCAUUUUUAAAGUAUGUAGUAUUUGGUUUUAUUGCUUUCUGUUCACCUUCUCCCCAGGGUUCAGUCCUCAAGAACCUGCCCUGUCCCUCCAUGCAGUGUCCCUAGCCCAGAGCCUCCCUUAGUCCCUGCCCCUCCCACCUUUCCUUGGGGAGUCUUGUGUCCAUUGUAGUGAAUUACAUUGACACUUUGUGAGAUGCCCUAUAUUGGCUAAAUUCAAACCAGGAAUUGUAAGACAAGCUCACUGCAUUAAGGGAAAUAACCCGUACCAGGGAGGCUGGGGAGAAAGGUUAGAUUUUAUAUUCGGGUUUAUUUUUGGUGUAUUUUUGGGUUUUUAAAUAAUUGUUUUGGAGAGGUUUAUGCUCAACCCAUGUUCUAUUUCAGUGCCAAUAAAGUUUAGGAAGACUUCAA